UCAAGCGCUCCGGGGCCGCGUGGACGGAGCUGCCGGGGCGGCGGCGCCGGGAGCAGGAUGCGGCCGCCCGUAAUUAAAUAGCAUUUACUCUUAUUAUUACUAAUAAUAAUAACGUAAUCAUACCUCUAGUCAUAGCAUACCAUUUAUCGGGCUCGGCGCAGGCCCGCGGGGAGCGCAGCCCGGCCGAGAGACUGAUGGAGAGGCAGAAACGGAAGGCGGACAUCGAGAAGGGGCUGCAGUUUAUUCAGUCAACACUACCCCUAAAGCAAGAAGAAUAUGAAGCCUUUCUGCUCAAGCUGGUGCAGAAUCUGUUUGCUGAAGGCAAUGAUUUGUUCCGGGAGAAGGACUAUAAGCAGGCCCUUGUGCAGUACAUGGAGGGGCUGAAUGUGGCUGACUACGCUGCCUCUGACCAGGUGGCCCUGCCCCGGGAGCUGCUUUGCAAGCUGCAUGUCAACAGGGCUGCCUGCUACUUCACCAUGGGACUGUACGAGAAAGCGCUGGAGGACAGCGAGAAGGCGCUGGGGCUGGACGGUGAGAGCAUCCGGGCACUGUUCCGCAAGGCACGUGCCCUCAACGAGCUGGGACGCCACAAGGAGGCCUAUGAGUGCAGCAGCCGCUGCUCCCUUGCCCUACCCCACGAUGAAAUUGUCACUCAGCUUGGUCAGGAGCUGGCUCAGAAGCUCGGGCUGCGAGUUCGGAAGGCAUAUAAGAGGCCCCAGGAAUUGGAAACCUUUUCUCUGCUCAGUAAUGGCACUGCAGCUGGCGUGGCAGAUCAGGGCACUUCCAACGGAUUGGGGUCCAUAGAUGACAUCGAAACAGACUGCUAUGUGGACCCGCGAGGCUCCCCGGCCCUCCUCCCUUCCAACCCCACGAUGCCCCUGUUCCCUCACGUUCUGGACCUGCUGGCCCCCCUGGACAGCAGCAGCAGGGUCCUCCCCGGCACCGAGAGCCUGGAUGAUUUUUCAGACGGGGAUGUCUUUGGGCCGGAGCUGGACACCCUCCUGGACUCUCUGUCUCUGGUGCAGGGGGGCCUGCCCGGCAGCGGCAUGCCUAGUGAGUUGCCCCAGCUGAUACCCGUGUUCCCCGGUGGGACCCCGCUGCUACCACCUGUGGUGGGUGGCUCCAUCCCUGUCUCCAGUCCACUGCCCCCUGCCUCCUUCGGCCUCGUCAUGGACCCCUCCAAGAAGCUGGCUGCCUCCGUGCUGGAGGCCCUCGACCCCCCAGGCCCCACCCUGGACCCCCUGGACCUGCUGCCGUACUCAGAGACCCGGCUGGAUGCCCUCGACAGCUUCGGGUCGACCCGAGGCUCCCUGGACAAGCCUGACUCCUUCAUGGAGGAGAGCAACUCCCAGGACCAUCGUCCCCCAAGCGGCACACAGAAACCAGCCCCCUCGCCAGAGCCCUCCAUGCCCAACACUGCCCUGCUCAUCAAGAACCCCUUGGCUGCCACCCACGAGUUCAAGCAGGCCUGCCAGCUCUGCUACCCCAAGACAGGACCCAGGGCUGGCGACUACACCUACCGUGAGGGCCUUGAGCACAAGUGCAAGCGGGACAUCCUACUUGGCCGGCUCCGGAGCUCAGAGGACCAGACCUGGAAGCGGAUCCGGCCCCGGCCCACCAAGACCAGCUUCGUGGGCUCCUACUACCUGUGCAAAGACAUGAUUAACAAGCAGGACUGUAAGUACGGGGAUAACUGCACCUUCGCCUACCAUCAGGAGGAGAUCGACGUGUGGACCGAGGAGCGGAAGGGCACCCUCAACCGCGACCUGCUCUUUGACCCGCUGGGGGGCAUACAGCGCGGCAGUCUCACCAUCGCCAAGCUCCUCAGGGAGCACCAGGGCAUCUUCACUUUCCUCUGUGAGAUCUGCUUUGACAGUAAGCCCCGGAUCAUCAGCAAAGGCACCAAGGACUCCCCGUCUGUUUGCUCCAACCUGGCUGCCAAGCACAGCUUCUAUAACAACAAAUGCCUGGUGCACAUCGUCCGCUCCACCUCCCUCAAGUACUCCAAGAUCCGCCAGUUCCAGGAGCACUUCCAGUUUGACGUAUGCCGCCACGAGGUGCGCUACGGCUGCCUGCGGGAGGACAGCUGCCACUUUGCCCACAGCUUCAUCGAGCUCAAGGUCUGGCUACUGCAGCAGUACUCAGGCAUGACCCACGAAGACAUCGUUCAGGAAUCCAAGAAAUACUGGCAGCAGAUGGAAGCCCAUGCAGGGAAGGCCGGCAGCAGCUUGGGUGCCCCUCGGACACAUGGGCCCAGCACCUUUGAUCUGCAGAUGAAGUUUGUGUGUGGCCAGUGCUGGAGGAAUGGGCAGGUGGUAGAGCCUGACAAGGACCUCAAGUACUGCAGUGCCAAGGCCCGGCACUGCUGGACCAAGGAGCGGCGGGUCCUUCUGGUAAUGUCCAAGGCCAAGAGGAAAUGGGUGUCAGUGAGGCCACUGCCGUCCAUUCGCAACUUCCCACAGCAAUACGAUCUCUGCAUCCACGCGCAGAACGGCCGCAAGUGCCAGUACGUGGGGAACUGCUCCUUCGCACAUAGCCCUGAGGAGAGGGACAUGUGGACAUUCAUGAAGGAGAACAAGAUCCUGGACAUGCAGCAGACCUAUGACAUGUGGCUGAAAAAACACAACCCAGGGAAGCCCGGGGAAGGGACCCCAAUCAAUUCUCGGGAAGGGGAGAAGCAGAUCCAGAUGCCCACGGACUAUGCCGACAUCAUGAUGGGCUACCACUGCUGGCUCUGUGGCAAGAACAGCAACAGCAAGAAGCAGUGGCAGCAGCACAUCCAGUCCGAGAAGCACAAGGAGAAGGUCUUCACGUCCGACAGCGACGCCAGUGGCUGGGCCUACCGCUUCCCCAUGGGCGAAUUCCGGCUCUGUGACAGGCUCCAGAAGGGCAAGGCCUGUCCAGACGGGGACAAAUGUCGCUGCGCCCAUGGCCAGGAGGAGCUCAACGAGUGGCUGGACCGGCGCGAGGUGCUGAAGCAGAAGUUGGCCAAGGCCCGCAAGGACAUGCUUCUGUGCCCACGGGACGAUGACUUUGGCAAAUACAACUUCCUGCUGCAAGAGGACAGGGACACUGCUGGUGCCACCUCAGAAGCCCCUGCUGCUGCUGCCACCACAGGGGAGUAGGGCCAUG